AUGAAAUUCCUGUGCUGUCAUGGCUUUGGGACAAGCCCACAGAUCAUGAAGCAGCAGUUGGCCAAAAUUAAGAAAUACUGCGACCCAAGCUGGGAGUUUCAUUUUGUCGCAGGCCAAUAUGAAGCACCACCGGAUCCAAGUAUUGCGGCAGCGUUCCCAGGUCCCUAUCUUUGUUAUAGUCUUGAUUUCAACACCACCGAGAUGAAAUCUGCGCACCAAUUGAUCGACGAUACGGUCGCAAGCCAUGGUCCAUUUGACGGAGCUCUUGGGUUCAGCACUGGGGCUGCGCUGUUAGCAGCCUAUUUACUUGAAAAAGUUCACCUGUUUCCCGGAAAGCCGCUUCCAGUUCAAUUUGCCGUUUUCUGUUCUUCCAUACCACCCCUUUCUGCGGACCCGACAUACACCAAGGUUGUGCUUGAGUCAUUAUCUUUGGACGAUCAAAAGCGUAUUCGAUCUGGCGAAGAUGCUCAGAUAUCUCAGCUUCCGGAGCCUAUUCGAUCCUCCAUGAGCUUAACAGCUCGGUCCUUUGACAUCAUGAAGCCUGUUCAUGGCCGACCACGCUCUGAUUUUUUUGAUCGAAGCAUUCUUGAAGUUCCCUGUAUACUGCGUCCGGAUGUUUACAAAGCACGUUUAUCAAUCCCCACGCUUCAUUGCUGGAGCAAGAAUGACCCGCCAGUGUUCAAAGAGUCAGCGAGGCUUGUGGAAUCCUUCUGUCAUUCAAGACUGCGAAAUACCUACCAUCAUAGUGCUAUUCACAACAUACCUCGCUCUUCAGCUGAGGUGAAAGGGAUGGUCUCUGCUAUUGAUAUUAUGGUUUCGCAGAAGCAGCAACCGAGACUAUAA